AUGAAACAGCUACACAUCGUCCUCAUCCCAUUCAUGGCCCACGGCCACACCAUCCCCAUGCUUGAAAUGGCGAACCUCUUCCACUCCAGAGGCCUCAAAACCACCAUCAUCGCCACCCCAUUCUUCUCCGCCCCCAUCCACCACCCCAUCGGCCUCUCCCUCACCCCAUUCCCUCCACCCGCCUCCUCUUUGCCUCCACACAUCGCCUCCUUCGACCAAAUCACUCCCGAUAUCGGCAUCCCCGCCUUCCUCCGCGCCACCGAGCUGCUUCAGGACCCCGUCGAGGAGAUCCUCCGCCACCUCCGCCCCGACUGCAUCAUCUCCGACAUGUUCCUCCCCUGGACGGCCGACUCCGCCGCCAAAUUCCGAAUCCCACGCCUCGCCUUCUACGGCACCAGCUUCUUCUCGCGCUGCGUGUGGGAACAGAUCGAUUUCCACAGACCAUACAACAAUGUCGUCAACUCGACCGAGGCGUUUCUCGUGCCCGGCCUUCCUCACCGAAUCAAGUUCCUAAAAUCGCAGAUUUCUCCAUUCCGUUUGCGAGAAAAUGGGAAGAAUUGCUUCUCCGAAAUGUUUGACAAAAUGAAUGAGUCUUGGGAGAAGACGUACGGAGAGAUUGUGAAUAGCUUCCUGGACCUUGAAUAUGCUUAUUCCGAUCACUACAAGAAUGUGAUCGGGAGGAAGGCAUGGGCGGUAGGCCCUCUUCUGCUAUGCAGCAGCAAGGAUCAGAAGAGAGGAACUGAAUCAGCUAUUGAUGAGCACGAGUGCAUGGCUUGGCUCCACUCGAAGAAGCCCAACUCCGUCGUCUACGUUUGCGCGGGCAGCAUCGCCACCUUCAGCCGAGCCCAGCUGGCCGAGACCGCGGCGGGGCUGGAGGCGUCCGGCCGAGAUUUUAUUUGGGUUAUGAGGAAAAAUGGAAAAGAUGAGGAGGAUUUGGUGCCUCUAGGGUUUGAGGAGAGAGUGGGGAGCAAAGGGCUGAUCAUAAGGGGGUGGGCCCCUCAGCUCAUGAUUCUCAAUCAUGCCGCGGUGGGGGCCUUUGUGACGCACUGUGGGUGGAACUCGACUCUAGAAGGGAUUUGCGCCGGCGUGCCGAUGGUGACGUGGCCGGUCAACGCGGAGCAGUUUUACAAUGAGAAGCUGGUGACGGAGGUUUUGGGGACUGGGGUUUCUGUUGGGAAUAAGAGGUGGAUGCUUAGGGAGAGCGAGGGAGUGGAGCGGGACGCGGUGGCAACGGCGGUGGAAGAGGUUAUGGCGGGCGGAGGAGCGGCCGAGAUGAGAAGAAGAGCUCAGAAUUAUAAGGAAAUGGCUAACAAGGCUGUUGAAGAAGGUGGAUCUUCUUAUAAUAGCUUGAAUGCUCUCAUUGAGGAAUUGAGCAACUAUGUUGCUCCCACCAAAGAAGACACAAAUUAA